AGCCUGUUGGGUUCCAGGGUACUUACUAAUGGGAGCGUGCCUGUGCGGAUGUGGUUUAGUGUUAUGCUCACUAACAUUAUAGUGGGUUCAAUGCUCGUUAGGUCCUGAGUUAUCGAUCCGCGUACCCCACAAUCUUAUCUGCAGAUUCGAAGAAAUUUUUGAAAAUAAAAAACAAGACACAAUUGAAAUAUUCUAUUUUCUCUUCAAUACCCAGGUAACAAUGGGUAAAACUGCACCUCUGAAGAAUAAGGGUUGUAAGUGAAGUCAAAAUCUAUCUCCUCUAUUUUUACGAAGACUAACAAACCAACCAGCUACCUCAGUGCGUUCCCGCGCAGCAAAACGUGCAUCUUCUCCAAGUAUCGACACCGAUAAGUCUCUCAAAAAUGUCAAGGCUCCAACAGAAACAGUAUACCACCCACAAGCUCUGUCACCGCAUCAAGGCGCAGGUGUGUCCAAGAAGAAGAGUGGAAGAAAAUCGCAGUUGAGCUCAAAGGCAAAAAGGCGACAAGACAAGGGAUUGGAUCGAGCGGAAGCUGUCAUGGAUAGGACAUCCACGAAAAUCGAGAAGAGCAAGUACAGGGGAAGGAAUGUCCAAGAGAGAGCCAAAACCUGGGAAACUCUGAAUAAAAAGGCACAAGAAGCUGUUCAAGCAGCAAUGGAGAAGGAGAAAGAGAACGAGGUUUCCGAAGAGGAGGAGGAUGUUGAGGAUGAUCAAUCUCAAGGAGAGAUUGAGAUGGAUGAUGCUUCAGCUGCUCCAGUUACUCUAAUUGCUACUGAUACGGUCCAACCUACUCCUUUGCCUGCGCCUUUAGAGGAUGAAGAGGAAAUUCUAUGAUUUUAAAAGGGGAAUUCUUGUAUUUGCAUGGCGAAUUGGCGUAAGAAAGGAAGGGAAAAGGAUUUGCAUUCAAAGUGAUGACUUUGAUACCACUAAAUCAUGACUGGUUUGGUUUGAUAUAAACGGAAUUUUCGAGUCCUCAAUGAGUACUGGAAUGGAUAUUUUAGUGGGAUUAUAUGUAACAGGUUCUCAGUGUGCAUGCAUGAAGGAAAAGUAGGGUAGAUACACUUUUUGGGAUGAGUAUACAAUUCAAUGCAAUGCAAUUCAAUGCAAUUCGAUACCAGAUAUUAUUCGUCGAAUUCUAGGUUGACUGGAUUGUAAGCCUUAUCUCACCAAGGAUAUUUGGAUUCCCCAAAAGAUAGUACGUAAACUGGUAUCUAUAUAUUCAAGUUUUUACAAC